AUAUUUAUACGUGUGUUUUUAUAUACAUGCAUAAGAGUAUUUAGAUAAGGUCGAGACGAAAGAAAGACAAAAAAAAAAUUCCACUGCCAUUUUGAAACGCCCGAUGACCGAGUACUAUGACAGAUUGUUUCGGACUAUGCCGGUUAUUCGAACGGGAACACUCGAGCGGCAAGAUGGGUAAUGAUCUGUCUAAACCGAAUGAGAAUUACAUAGUGGUACCAACCGGUGACAACAUGAUUCGCCGAUCACCAAACACGACUGAUAUGGGUCCAUUAAACCUAGAAUGGAUUAACUACUGCUUCGUGAAAAACGGACAAAAACACAGGACCGAUAAGUAUUAUUGUAUGGGCGAAAGGAAUCCAACUUUAGUGGUACGCAGAGGACUUCCUAUUUGCUUUUACUUAAAAUUUGACAGAGAGUUUGACAUGGCUAAUGACAGUGUGUCGUUUAUGUUCAAAUUGGCUGAAACAGGAGAUGCAAACUUUGGUAAUAACACUAUGGCUGCUGUGCCAUUAAAGGAAAAUCCAAGUAAUGGCAAUGGCCAUUGGUCAGCAUACGUAAUGUCUACUGAUGACUUGGAUCCAAAUGUAGUCAGCGUUAGGAUUACACCACCGAAUAACUGCAUUGUGGGACAGUGGGUAUUUGACAUUGACACCCGAUCUGGACAAGAAGCGGCAAUGUUUUCAGCUGAAGGAAAUCCAAUUUACAUACUGUUCAAUCCGUGGUGUCCAACGGAUGAAGUUUAUAUAAAGGACGAUGCGUUGCGUGACGAGUACGUAUUAAGCGAAGAAGGACUUAUGUGGCGCGGAAGUCAUAGCAGACAGAAAGAAGUCAUGUGGAAGUACGGUCAGUUUCAAAAGAACAUGCUAGAGAGUAGUUUUUUGUUAUUGUUAAAUAUCAGACGGUUAGCACUUAUACACUGCAGUGACCCAGUAAAAGUAUCAAGAAGCCUAUCGGCCGCGGUAAAUGCUCCAGAUGAGUUAGGAGUCGUUCAAGGCAAUUGGACCGAAGACUUUUCUGGCGGCACUCCACCUAUUAAUUGGCUGGGAAGCGUAGACAUUUUAAAUCAAUUCUUCAAAACGAAAAAACCUGUCAAAUAUGGGCAGUKCUGGGUGUAUGCUGGAGUACUAACUACAGUAUGCAGAGCUAUCGGAAUACCUUGCCGUCCGGUGACUGCAUAUUGCGCAGCUCAUGACACACAAAACAGUUUAACGAUCGAUUACUUAGUCGAUGAUGACGGAAAAAUAAUAGAAGAACUACAAACCGACUCUAUUUGGAACUAUCACGUAUGGAACGAGGUUUGGAUGGCCAGACCAGAUCUGAACAUCUUGGACCGGAGCUGGCAAGUGAUCGAUGCCACACCACAGGAGCUGAGUGAAGGUCAGUUCAAAUGUGGCCCAGCCAGCGUAACGGCCGUUAAAAAUGGUGACAUAAGAGCACCGUAUGACACAGCGUUCGUGUACUCCGAGGUGAACGCAGAUAAGGUAUACUGGAGAUACUAUGGCAUAUCUCAACCAAUGAAGCUGUUGAGGAAGGACACUGAAGCAAUCGGAAAACUUAUUUGUACGAAAGCGGCUGGAAAAUGGGAACAGGAAAACAUUACGGAAAACUACAAAUAUCCUGAAAAGUCAACUGAAGAAAGGAUAACUAUGCAUAAAGCAUUAAAGCAAAAUAAUAGCAUAUUUAGCCGUUAUUACUUGAAUGAGGAUUUCAAUGAAAUCAAAUUUGACUUUGAGUUAGUUGAUGAUAUUAUUGUGGGAGAAAACUUCAGGGUUGCGGUGAGAAUCACGAACAAAGGUCAUAAAGAUUACACAGUUAAAGUGAUAUUGCGUGUCGAUACGGUUGAUUAUACCGGAAAAAAUGGAUCUCUCGUCACCAAAGUCGAACAACAAAAAGUAGUGCUUCAUGAUCCAGGAUCAAACGUUGAAUAUGUCCAAACCGCAUUGACGUAUUUUGAUUAUGGCAAUGACGUUAAAAGCCAAAAUGUUUUCAACAUAUCAUGUCUAGCGAGCGUGGUUGACACAGAUUACGAGUAUUUCGGACAGGACGAUUUUAGAGUCAGAAAACCAGAUAUUGAAUUCGAAAUGCACGAUAAACCUACCAUGUCACGUGAAGUGCGGGCUAUUGUUAAGCUUAGAAAUCCGUUGCCCCUGACUUUAAAAGAUGGAAAAUUCUUCAUCGCUGGUUCAUCGUUGCCUAAAACUCUGGAAAUCAAAGUUGGUAAAGUCAGUGCAAAGAAAACGACCAGUGUACCGUUCAAAUUCACUCCCCAAUUCACCGGAAAGCAAGUAAUUUCUGCAAAAUUUACGUCCAAACAACUGCAAGAUGUCGAUGGUUAUUUACAAUUUAUGGUGUAAGACGGACAUAUGGAUGGUAUUGUCCUAUUCUAAUUCAGUCAUACCAAUUGAAUAAGACUCAUAUACAUAGGUAUACAAAGUGUGUGAAUUAUUUUUAAUUUUAUUUAUUGCUCUAAGUUAUAUAAUAUUUAUUGUUACAAUUUAUUUUCUUCAACAUACAGCUAAUAUGCCAUUUACUUAAUUUAUCGCUACUAGAGAGUUAAGGAACAAAAACAGAAAUAUACUGAAUUUAAAAUAUUUUAUGUUACAAAUCUUGUCAAAAUUCGAUUUGUUGUUAUAAGAAAUACAUAACUGAUGCUAUUUAGCAAUCUACUUAAAAUCUUAAAAUGCAUCGAUAACCUACAAAGCUUUCAAAUCAAUUAUAUGUUUAUAGUUAUGAUUAUCUAAUAUUAUGAUAUUUUGCCCAUCAUUUAAGAAUACACUUUACUUCAUUAUCAAGAUAAGAUUCACAUAUUUUACUGUAAUUGUUAAAAAUUAGCAUAUAAUUAAUUAAACGUAAACAAAUAUAUUUGUAUAUGUAGUGGUAGGUUUUGACACGUUUUUCUCGUCAAAUUUAAUUAAUGAUUAACAUCUUUG